UAAAGAACUAUUCGGAUCAUUAGUCGAGUGUUAGUAGAAGGAGAAGCAAAGCACUCUUCUCGCAUGCGACUGAGGCUAUGAUCCGAUAGCUAAGUUGAAAUUCUUCAGUCUUUGAAAUUUUCUCUCUGCAGUAUACUGUCCAGUGAAAACGAUGACUGGAGAAUGUUGUUAUAUACCGUUUAAACACGAAAGAAAAUGGCGAUAUGGUUGCUUGAUUGACAAAGCCACAGGAAAACCUUGGUGUUCGUUAACACCAUAUAACAAGGAUGGUGUCAAGGAAGAGUGUAACAAAACCGUUGCAAGUAAGCUGCCCUCGAUAUCUUAGUAUCUUGAACGAGUGGAAUGCUGUUCCCUUACACGUCCAGUAAGGAUCGUACGUUUUUGCUACUACAGAAGGACUAAACUAAAUUUUAGUUACACUGAUAUCUGGCAUUUAGUUUAGUUUAAUUAUACUGAUAUCUGGGAUUUAGUUUAGUUUAAUUAUACUGAUAUCUGGGAUUUAGUUUAGUUAUACUGAUAUCUGGGAUUCACAUGGUGUGAGAAAGACUGAUUGAACAAAUGUCUGUUUCAGAUCGUUGCGCAGUUCGUACUGAAACCCCAAACAAGACUUGCUGUAGCUUUCCAUUUGUGUACGAUACGACGGAGUAUUAUACCUGUAUUAAGCCUGUACCUGGUCAGGAGGCAGCUGAUCAGGACGCGAGUUAUUGUGGUAUUCAACCACUUGUCCACUCCUCUCAAGAUCUCGUACGAUGCAUUUUCACCAGCGAUACUAAACCUACCAUACCUCCGCUGUGUCGAAAGAAUGAAUGUAAACCAGUCAAAGCACCACCGAAUGAGGCAACAGCUCUCGUAUAUGUCGUCUUUGGAGUGAAAGGAAUCGACAAAACCUCUGUCGAUUUACGUCAUGUUUUGAAAGAAACUCAGGUAUUCAAUUAUUCAAUCUUAGGAUGCAGUGAUUCAAUCUUAGGAUUCAGUGAUUCAAACUUAGGAUUCAGUGAUUCAGUCUUAGGAUUCAGUGAUUCAAUCUUAGGAUUCAGUGAUUCAAUCUUAGGAUUCAGUGAUUCAAUCUUAGGAUUCAGUGAUUCAAUCUUAGGAUUCAGUGAUUCAAUAUUAGGAUUCAGUGUUUCAGUCUUAGGAUUCAGUGAUUCAGUCUUAGGAUUCAGUGAUUCAAUCUUAGGAUUCAGUGAUUCAAUUUUAGUAUUCAGUGAUUCAGUCUUAGGAUUCAGUGAUUCAGUCUUAGGAUUCAGUGAUUCAAUCUUAGGAUUCAGUGAUUCAAUCUUAGGAUUCAGUGAUUCAGUCUUAGGAUUCAGUGAUUCAAUCUUAGGAUUCAGUGAUUCAAUAUUAGGAUUCAGUGUUUCAGUCGUAGGAUUCAAUUAUUCAACUUUAGGAUUCAGUGAUUCAGUCUUAGGAUGCAGUGAUUCAAUAUUAGGAUUCAGUGAUUUAAUCUUAGGAUUCAGUGAUUCAAUCGUAGGAUUCAGUGAUUCAAUCUUAGGAUUCAAUUAUUCAACUUUAGGAUUCAGUGAUUCAAUAUUAGGGAUUCAAUGAUUGAAUGUUAGGAUUCGUGAUUGAAUGUUAGGGAUUCAGUGAUUCAAUCUUAGGAUUCAGUGAUUCAAACUUAGGAUUCAGUGAUUCGAUCGUAGGAUUUAGUGAUUCAAUCUUAGAAAUCAGUGAUUUAAUCUUAGGAUUCAGUGAUUCAAUCUUAGGAUUCAGUGAUUCAAUUGUAGGAUUCAAUCUUAAGCUUGUAGUGAAUCAAUUUGAGGUUUCAAUUGUUUAAGAUUCAAUAAUUCAUUCUUAUUCCACUGCGCCAGCAAUAUCAUCUCUUAAUCUUAGUUUAACUUUUAUGUUCACCGCAGGGCAAGGUAGUUUAUGAUAAAGUCUUUUCAAAAGACGUCAGUUGUGAAACUGAACGUAUGAUCAAUACUGCCUGUAGAAUCUGUAAAACGUUUAGCGAGAAUACGAAGCUUGUUAGACCGGGCGGUGCCGAGUGCUUUCCGGAGAGUGUGCGACGGGCGUUAGACAAGUUUCGCGAUUGCCGUGAUCUUCCGAAAGCGAAGUCGACGAAAAUCAAGAGUAUUCUUGCCGUGAAAGAAGAUUCUGAGCGAAGUUAUGUGGUGGAGUGGUUUGCCAUGGCUUUCUCGUCGGUAAAUAUUUUAUCUUUGAUAGCAUAUCAGAUCUAGGGCCUUCUAUUUAUAUUUCAGCGCUAGGACUGGAACCUAGUCACCUCGUGACUUCAUUGAAAUCGAUUAACCUGCAAAUGAAGUGCCACCUGACGAAUAAAUGCCCCAGGUCUGGUCUAGCCUACACCCAGCCCUUUUCCAUACGCGAGUAAAACUGUCUGGCGUUAGACGGAGUGUCGUAAGAAAGCAAGGUCCAUUUGUGUUUGUUUGUUUGUUUGUUUGUUUUUUUGUUUGUUUGUUUGUUUGUUUUUUGGGGUUUUUUUUUGUUUUUUUUUGUUUUUUGGGUUUGUUUUUUUUGUUUUGUUUUUUUGUUUUUUUUUUGUUUUUUGUUUGUUUUUUGUUUUUUGUUUUUUGUUUUUUGUUUUUUGUUUUUUUUGGGUUUUGUUUUGUUUUGUUUUGUUUUGUUUUGUUUUGUUUUGUUUGUAUGCAAGAAAACCCAGAACGAGCGCUAGUUUCAUUGAUUCGUCUUUUUUUAGACAACAGGCACGCUUUCGAGCUACAGCAGUCAACGCAAAGAUUACGAGAAAUGGGAAACACAACUACAGGACAUUUUAUCCCAAAAUGACGUCCCAGAGUCACUGAAAAACGGUUUUCAAACAAGUGAGACGUGGGUGAAGAUGUACAGCGGUAUUAUUGUGGUAGAUAGUGCUGUAUAUGGGAUUGUUGUCUCCUUGUUGCUUUGUCUAGGCGCGGUUAUUAUUUUUACAGGACACGCGCUGUUGUUCAUGAUCUUAUUUAUGACCAUUCUUGGUGAGUUUCUGUUGAUUACCUCCGCCAUGUUAUAUUUUCAUCCGCGUUUGUUGUCUGUGUGUCAGUGUGUGUGCAUGUCUGUCUGUGAGCACGAUAAAACUAUCCAACGUAUAUUAAUCUAUCUUGUACCCAGAGAGUAUGCCCAGCACCUAACCUGCGAACGGGCAUACUCUGGGCACGAGAUUGCGUAUUAAUACAAAAUUUUGUGGGACAGUAAUGGACAUUGCCCAAGGAUAAAUGGAUUAAAUUUUUGUUCAAUUUGGAUAGAAACUGGAUGAAAAAUUAACCAAAGUUUUCCCUCUAGUUUAUUUUAUAAUCUUGGAGUAGUAAUGGCUACUAUACAUAGCUUGCAGACUGAAAUGUCAAAUAGAAUUCAACUGUUGAAUCAUUGAAGUAUGCGAAUCGCUCGAAGAUCAAUUACUUUCUGCAAGUUUGACUUAAUUAGAAAAUAUAUACAUUAACCUUCUUGGGACAACCAAGCAAACUUGCCAACAACUUGUUUAUGAACUUGGAAAUUUUCUUCAGAAAUCUUGUGUGGAUCAAUAUAGGAGUUUCCUUAAUUUCCUGAAGUUUUGGAAUAAACAAGAAGUAAAUGCAGGACAAACUAAAACAGCGAUGAAUUUUAACCCAGGGUUACCAGCUUUGAACAACCAGCCCCAGAAGUGAACUUUUCUUUAGUUUGUUUUGCAUAGAGAGAAAUAAUUGCAAAUGAUAACUCUUGAUUUGAAGCUGACGCUAACUAUUUAACAGAUAAUUGUGUUGAAAAUAUCGUUUUCUUAAGCCCUUGGCAAACUAGGAAACGUUGCGGAAACAUUGUUUCGCCAUGUUUCCCAGAGUGGGCAAACACUACGAAACAUCAGUGAGGAACAUAGAGGAACAUCAAAUGUUUCUGAAUAUGCUAGGAAACAUUUUUGCUUCUCGGGAAGCAAAUUUUGUUUCCGCAACAAUGUUUCCACGGGUGGGCAAACAGGGAAACAUUUGAGGAAACAUCGAGAAUCACAAAUGUUUCCACAACAAUGUUUCUAGUUUGCCCAGGGCUUUAAUAGCUUCAUCCUUGAACAGUUUUUGUAGGUAGUGGCAAGAAUAAGAAAGUUUCGGAUUGAUAGGGAUACAACGGAUUGAUAGGGAUACAACGGAUUGAUAGGGAUACAACGGAUUGAUAGGGAUACAACGGAUUGAUAGGGAUACAACGGAUUGAUAGGGAUACAACGGAUUGAUAGGGAUACAUUGGAUUGAUAGGGAUACAACGGAUUGAUAGGGAUACAACGGAUUGAUAGGGAUACAACGGAUUGAUAGGGAUACAACGGAUUGAUAGGGAUACAUUGGAUUGAUGGGGAUACAACGGAUUGAUGGGGAUACAACGGAUUGAUAGGGAUACAUCGGAUUGAUAGGGAUACAAUUAACCUCCAAAAUACAAGGAGAACAUCGUUGUAUUUUCCAGGAAAUUGAAUCUCUAUCAAUCGGAAAUUUUCUUUUCUUAACCUCUCCUAUCAUUGCCAGGUGUCCUUCUGAAAGUCAUAGCGAUAUUUUAUCUCACUGGCUGGCAGCUGGGCGGAGUGGAAGCUAUUUCGCUGUCUAUACUUGUUGGAACCUCAGUGGAUUAUUGUUUUCAUCUCGUGGAAGCAUAUAUUCUCGCAGGAGAGGCUGUUGAUCCAACUGUGGAUAAAAUGGUAACAUAUUUUUCACUUAUCCCACCCUAUCCCACCUUAUCCCACCCUAUACGUUUCUUCAGGUGGCUGAUAAAUUUCGAAAAUUUAAGCCGCACACUUUUCGAAAUUUGUCUUCCACCUGACUCUUGGAUAAAACAGGUUGUAGUGGCAACCUUUUGAGUUCAAAAAACUCUCUGCUCUAUAUCGAACACUCUUUAGCAUUUCGUGAAUGAAAACGCACCCGUAAUAAUAUUUAACAAUUAUUCGCCGAAGGCGAGGUGAUUAUCGGGGAAUAUUCACCGAGACGAUGUCGAGGCGAAUAUUCCCCGAUAAUCACCGAGCCUGAGGCGAAUAAUUGUUUUAGUAUUUUUACACAAGUCUUUUGUGUUUUUUGGGACUGAAUUUAUUUUAAUUUCGCUUAUUUCUUUAUCAGUAACUUCCACAAAAUGGCUAGCCGCCAUUUUACAAAUUUCGGUUUUGUUUUAUCCACGUGUAGGUGAAUAUAACAGCUUAAUACGUCAAAUUUGACCAAUCAACUUGUAGGAUUUGUUAUGAUUCACUUGUGCAAAAAUACUAAUCAUCAUUAUCUUGUGUAGGCUGCUCGUCAGUGGAGAGCUAAGGCCGCCAUGUCUCAUAUUGGUAUGUCCAUCUUCAGCUCAGCCAUAACCACAAUCCUCGCAGCUAUCCCUCUAUGUCUCACCCAGAUUCAACUAUUUGCUAAAUUUGGUCUUAUUGUCACCAUUAAUACUGCUAUAUCCUUAUUAUACACCGUCACCGUUACCAUGGCGAUGUUGAGUAUCUUCGGACCGGCAAGAUUCCGAGCCAGUGUACUCGCAUGCUUAAUAGGGCUUGCUGUAGUCGGAGGGAUUAUGGGAUUGGGAUAUUUGGUUCUGUAUUUAGCUUCUACAAAAGGAGGAUAUUGUAUUGAAAGUCCGUCUGGAACACCGCUCCUUGAUUGCUAAAACUGUCUUGGUUGUGAUUAUAGCUUUUGAUUGUCAAAUUAUAUAUUAAAUUCGAUAAACAUGAUUCUAAAAUCAUGGCAAAAGUUCUCUGGACACUUAGCUGAAAACUGAAAUAUGAAUGUUCAUUUGCACAUGUUGAAAUCCCCGAACCCCCGUGCAAUGUUGAUUUUGAUAAUGUAUUUUACAAAGCUUUACCUUAACCAAUGCAUUAUAGCAUUUCAACAUUGAGGGGGGAGUCUGUUUUUGUAGGAAUGUGAUAGGGCGAAGCAUAUAUUUUCAUUUGCGUACACAAUGUGUACCACUAUUGUAGGUUCUUUACAUAAAAUGGAAUGUCAAGUUGAGGUUUACUACAAACAGAUUCCUCACAGUUUGGGAAUGACUGAACGCCAGUGUGUUUGCACUAUUUCACGUGUUACAAACUUUGUAGUAUCACAUACGAAAAAAUCUCGCAACUUCUCAACAAGAUGUGUUCGCAAUAGGCUUGUAACAAGCUUGUCAGCAAUUUGUAACAACACUGUUAUUUCAUCAAAUUGCUGCAAGAUUGUCACGCACAACUUGGUAAAAUGUUGUUGAAUUGAAGGAGUGAGUUGUAUAAAAUUCCUAACUACUUUUUGACCACUAUUUUGUAGUUACAUUGUAGUUCAGUCUAAAAGACGCGAUUUUGAUUGGUUAACAUUCGCAGUACCAGUAGUUAACUUUAACUACUUUUUAUUACAACUGACCCUAGGACGAUAACAAACCUUGAAACAACUUGUGGCAAGUCUGUUGAGUUCAACAACCUGGUAGCACGUUGUUUGAUAACUUGUCAACAAGCUGGGAACAAGCAGUGCGAACACAUCCUGAUGACAAGUUGUUGAAACAGCAUUGCUACAAGUCUGCUGCAGGUUUGUUACAACUUGUGGCAGAUUUGUUUCAAGUUGUGGCACUGUGUGUUUUUAUGUGUGUUGUUGCGGGCUUGCAUGUAUCAUACAUUGAAAAUUCAAACAAAUUUUGACGUUUCGAGCGAGUUUGUUUACUAACUUGAAACGUUGAAGUUUGUUUUUGUUUUUCAGCUAAUUUCAUCACACACAGAAGCCCCGACUGUAUUUUUAAUCCUUAUAAUAGACUGUAUAUACUUACGAUUUAUAUAUAAUCAUAAAAAAAUUGAUAGAAAUUUGUAAAAAAAUAUUUUCAAUUUCAUAUAAUUGUUUUGUAUAUGAAUGCUGUACAAUAUAUAUGUUUAUAAUUACAACUGAACGUUGUGUGUUUGGCUUUGUUCAUUGUGCCACGUGGAUGUUUGGGAGCAUUUAACAAUACGUCAUCAUCGAGGGAUGACAGUUGAUUACAUAGGAAGGAGGGGGUUAUUUGGUGAAGAUAGAACUAAUUAUUACGUGUCAAAUUUAUCUUUUCAUGUCACUAAUCAAAUCCCUAACCUGACCACUUAUAUUCCGUUACUGCGUGACAUGAAAGUGUAACCCAAAUUUGGCAGUCACUUUGGACAUAUAUACGAACAACAAUCAUGGAAAAUUAUUAAUCCGUACACUUUUUAAAACGUAUCGUGUUUUACUGUAUUGUAAAGUCAUUUUAUUUUUAGUGCAUACAAACGUUCCUGAUCACUAGAAGUAGUAACUACCUCCCCUCCCCCUCAACACAAUGUUGCUUCAUGAUUAUUGGGCAAUCUCGUUCCCCGAGCCUGCGAUCCUCGGGAAGGAACGCGAGGCCACAGAAUAAGGCACACAGAAGGGCCACUUACGUCGGAAGCUUUGAAGUUUAUGUCACCCUGGCCGCCAUCUUCCUAGCCAGUCGAUUACAUUUUCUGGCCAAUAAACGCGCUGUACUGGCUGAAGGCCCCGCCUUCUGGCCAGUCAACUGCAUAUUUUUGCAUAGAAAAAUGGUGACACGUUGCAACGCUGAGCGGCCCUUCUGGUACUGAUCUUUAUUCUGUGGCGAGGCUCUGGGAUAAUCCGUUUCAGG